AUGUCAGCAAACAAUUCUUUGCAUGUGGAAUUAUCCAAGAAGACUUCGUUUUUGGGAUUGAAAUUAUGGGUUUUGAUUGGAAUUGGUGUAGGUGCUUUCAUAGUUCUGAUUCUUUGUGUAUUAUCUGUAUGGGUGAUGUUUCGGAGAAAGUCUAGGAGAUCUCUGGACAAGUUCUCUUUGUCACAAAUACCAAAUGUUUCAAAAGACAUCAGAGUUGACAAGGUUGGGGUGCAGACAUCUCAUGAUCAAGCAGAAAGUGUAUCUAUUCGUGUUCAUGAAAAAGCAAGUGAGAACAACCCUGAAAAGUUGUUAGUUCAUUUGCGCAAGAGCAAAUCCAGCGAUGCUGACAAUAUCAGUCAGUGCAGCUCAGUUUAUCAUCAUGAGAGAGGAUUUAGUUCAUUGUCAGGGGAAGAAGGAAGCUCCGGGACUGUUAAGAAGCAGUCUGCAUUGACAUUUGGAGGAAUGGUAAUUGCCUCUCCUCUAGUUGGCUUGCCAGAAGUUUCUCAUCUUGGGUGGGGCCACUGGUUCACACUUAGAGAUCUGGAACUUGCAACUAAUCGCUUCUCUCCCGAGAAUGUGAUUGGUGAGGGUGGAUAUGGGGUUGUUUACAGGGGAAGAUUGAUCAAUGGAUCUGAGGUGGCAGUGAAGAAAAUUCUUAACAACUUGGGACAAGCAGAGAAAGAGUUCAGGGUGGAAGUAGAGGCUAUUGGCCAUGUUAGACAUAAAAAUCUUGUGCGCUUACUUGGUUAUUGCAUAGAAGGAGUUCACAGGUUACUGGUGUAUGAAUAUGUGAACAAUGGUAACUUAGAGCAAUGGCUACAUGGGGCUAUGAGCCAACAAGGGACACUUACCUGGGAAGCUCGGAUGAAAGUUAUUACUGGCACAGCCAAAGCGCUGGCUUAUUUACAUGAAGCAAUAGAACCGAAAGUUGUUCACAGGGAUAUAAAGUCUAGCAACAUAUUGAUUGAUACCGAGUUCAAUGCAAAGGUUUCUGACUUCGGUUUGGCCAAACUGUUGGAUUCAGGAGAAAGUCACAUUACUACUAGAGUAAUGGGAACGUUUGGUUAUGUGGCACCGGAAUAUGCUAAUACAGGUUUGUUAAAUGAGAGGAGUGACAUUUACAGCUUUGGUGUUCUUCUGCUAGAAGCAGUUACUGGAAGGGAUCCUGUGGAUUACUCACGUCCUGUUAAUGAGGUGAAUCUUGUUGAAUGGCUCAAGAUAAUGGUGGGGACAAGAAGGGCUGAGGAAGUUGUGGAUUCAAGGCUUGAAGUGAAACCAUCAACACGGGCUUUAAAACGUGCUCUUCUGGUUGCACUUCGGUGUGUUGAUCCUGAAGCAGAAAAGAGGCCUAAAAUGAGCCAGGUUGUGAGAAUGCUUGAAGCCGAUGAAUAUCCAUUCCGAGAGGAUCGAAGAAAUAGAAAGAGCCGCACUGCCAGCAUGGAAAUUGAGUCUCUGAAGGAUAUUUCUGGUCCAUCUGAUGCUGAAAAGGUGAAAGGUCCUGAAAGCGAUGCACCAGUAACAACUCAAGGGUAG